AUGUUAAAGUCAAAGGAAGAGCACAAGGAGCAGCCUAUGGAACAAGUUGGAAGGUUUAUACACGAAAUGACACCUGAGGCGGACAUUAUUUCCAGCAGAUAUACAAAAAGUGUCAUUAAAUCUUCUGCAGCAUUGUCUUAUGUUGAGGCACAAGCUAGGAUGGAUGACAGUCGGUUGAUGGAUCCACUAACUACAGAUUUGAGGAAUAUGAAUAGUUUAGCUAAGAAAAUGAGAUUAAGGCGUAUUGAGAGAGGAGCUUUGACUCUUGCAUCUGCUGAAGUCAAAUUUCAAAUUGACACAGAGACUCAUAAUCCCCUUGAUAUUGGCAUGUACCAGAUCCGGGAAGCCAACCAAAUGGUGGAGGAGUUUAUGCUUGCUGCUAAUGUUUCAGUUGCACAACAAAUUCUUAAAAGUUUUCCUUUGUGUUCCUUAUUAAGGCGUCAUCCAACUCCAACUAGAGAGAUGCUUGAACCCUUGCUACGUACUGCUGCUGCAGUUGGCCUGCACUUGGAUAUCUCAUCAUCGAAAGCAUUGGCUGAUUCUCUUGACCAUGCUGUGGGUGAUGAUCCUUACUUCAACAAGUUAAUCCGCAUUCUGGCAACUAGAUGCAUGACUCAGGCAGUUUAUUUCUGUAGCGGGGAUCUUAGCCCUGCAGAGUAUCAUCAUUAUGGGCUUGCAGCUCCUUUAUAUACCCAUUUCACUUCACCUAUAAGAAGAUAUGCAGAUGUCAUUGUGCACAGGCUACUUGCUGCUUCUUUAGGAAUAUCCAAGUUACCAUCUGUAUUUCAAGACAGGCUGGAGCUCACUGGAAUUGCAGACAAUUUAAAUUAUCGGCACAGGAAUGCUCAGAUGGCAGGGCGGGCCUCUGUAGAGCUGUACACACUCAUUUAUUUCCGGGCGAAGUCAACAGAUGAGGAGGCUAGGAUAGUGAAAAUAAGAUCUAAUGGAUUUUUUGUGUUUGUUCCCAAAUAUGGCAUAGAAGGACCUGUAUAUUUGACAACAAAAGCAGAAAAGGGAGGUGGAGAAUGGUAUGUAGAUGAGCAACAGCAGAAGAUUAAAAAGAUGGAUGGUAGUGUUUCAUACAGCGUUUUGCAGACAGUGAAAAUUCACAUGGAGGUUGUGGAGCCUCAGCCUAACCGGCCAAAACUUCAGCUUACUCUCAUCUAGAGGAAUGAAAAACUUGUGUUGGACGGAGCACAGGAUUUAUGAACAAAGGUUGAAGAGUGGAAGGAGCAAAAGUUGUGGAUAAUUCUGAAUUCGAACGGCUUUAGUGUAUAUUUUGAAAAAUAUGAAUAGACAUUAUAUAUUUAUUUGAACACAAGUCAAAUUUGUCACUACAAACUUAGUUCUGUGAAUGAUAGGCCUUCAAAUUUCGUAUGCUAGGUCAGGAUGCUAUUGAUUUUCAUUCAUCUUUUAAAGUUGGUUUUGAUAAUUUUAUUAUCUGUGAAAAAUAUAAUGUAUGUUUCACUUCGAUGAGAGUAUCAUAAUUGUUUCCCUCGAUUGUAAUC